UCGCGGCCGCCGGGCCCCCGAGGGCUCGCCCUGAGGGACUGGCCGAGCGGGCGGCGAGAGGCCGGCGCGUGGGGAGCGAGCCGCGCGGCACCAUGUCGGCCAAGGUGCGGCUCAAGAAGCUGGAGCAGCUGCUCCUGGACGGGCCCUGGCGCAACGAGAGCGCCCUGAGCGUGGAGACGCUGCUCGACGUGCUCGUCUGCCUGUACACCGAGUGCAGCCACUCGGCCUUGCGCCGCGACAAGUAUGUGGCCGAGUUCCUCGAGUGGGCUAAACCAUUUACACAGCUGGUGAAGGAAAUGCAACUUCAUCGAGAAGACUUCGAAAUAAUUAAAGUAAUUGGAAGAGGUGCUUUCGGCGAGGUCGCUGUGGUCAGGAUGAAGAGCACCGAGCGCAUCUACGCCAUGAAGAUUCUCAACAAGUGGGAGAUGCUGAAGCGAGCAGAGACGGCUUGUUUCCGGGAGGAGCGGGACGUGCUGGUGAACGGCGACUCUCAGUGGCUCACCACGCUGCACUACGCCUUUCAGGAUGAAAACUAUCUGUACCUGGUCAUGGACUACUACGUGGGCGGCGACCUGCUGACCCUGCUCAGCAAGUUCGAAGACCGGCUCCCGGAGGACAUGGCGCGGUUCUACAUCGGGGAGAUGGUGCUGGCCAUCGACUCCAUCCAUCAGCUCCACUACGUGCACAGAGACAUUAAACCUGACAAUGUCCUUUUGGAUGUGAAUGGUCAUAUCCGCCUGGCCGACUUUGGAUCAUGUUUGAAGAUGAAUGAUGAUGGAACUGUCCAGUCCUCCGUGGCCGUCGGCACCCCGGACUACAUCUCCCCGGAGAUCCUGCAGGCGAUGGAGGACGGCAUGGGCAGGUACGGCCCCGAGUGCGACUGGUGGUCGCUGGGCGUCUGCAUGUACGAGAUGCUCUACGGAGAGACGCCGUUUUACGCCGAGUCGCUGGUGGAGACCUACGGCAAGAUCAUGAACCACGAGGAGCGAUUUCAGUUCCCUUCCCACGUCACGGAUGUGUCUGAGGAAGCGAAAGAUCUCAUCCAGAGGCUGAUCUGCAGCCGGGAGCGCCGGCUGGGCCAGAACGGGGUUGAGGACUUCAAGAAGCACGCGUUUUUCCAAGGCCUGAAUUGGGAAACUAUACGGAACCUCGAGGCACCGUACAUUCCGGACGUGAGCAGCCCUUCGGACACGUCCAACUUCGACGUGGACGACGACGUGCUGAGAAACGUCGAAAUACUACCUCCCGCGUCUCACACAGGCUUUUCGGGGCUGCACCUGCCCUUCAUCGGCUUCACGUUCACAACAGAAAGCUGUUUUUCUGACCGAGGCUCUCUGAAGAGCAUAAUGCAGUCCAGCACGCUGACCAAAGACGAGGGCCUGCAGCGGGACUUGGAGAACAGCCUGCAGGUUGAAGCCUACGAGAGGCGGAUCCGGAGGCUGGAGCAGGAGAGACUGGAGCUGAGCAGGAAGCUCCAAGAGGCCACCCAGACCGUGCAGUCCUUCCACGGCGCAGCCCGGACCCUGGGCAGUGCCGCCCGUGACAAAGAAAUCAAAAAGCUCAACGAAGAAAUUGAACGUUUGAAGAAUAAAAUAGCAGAGUCAAAUAAGCUGGAGCGACAGCUUGAGGACACGGUGACUCUUCGCCAAGAGCAGGAGGACUCCACGCACCGGCUGAAAGGCCUGGAAAAGCAGUACCGCGCGGUGCGGCAGGAAAAGGAGGACUUCCACAAGCAAUUGAUUGAAGCUUCCGAGCGGCUGAAGUCCCAGGCCAGGGAACUGAAGGACGCCCACCAGCAGCGGAAGCUGGCCCUGCAGGAGUUCUCGGAGCUCAACGAGCGCAUGGCCGAGCUCCGCUCCCAGAAGCAGAAGGUGUCUCGGCAGCUGCGGGACCGAGAGGAGGAGGUGGAGGCGGCCUUGCAGAAGAUCGACGCCCUGCGGCAGGAGGUCCGCAGGGCCGACAAGUGCCGGAAGGAGCUGGAAGCCCAGCUCGAGGACGCCGUUGCUGAGGCCUCCAAGGAGCGCAAGCUGCGAGAGCACAGCGAGAACUUCUCCAAGCAAAUAGAGAGUGAGCUUGAGGCCCUCAAGAUGAAGCAAGGAGGCCGGGGGCCAGGCGCCGCCUUGGAGCACCAGCAGGAGAUUUCCAGGAUAAAGUCUGAGCUCGAGAAGAAAGUCCUGUUUUACGAGGAGGAGUUGGUCAGGCGGGAGGCCUCCCAUGUGCUGGAGCUGAAGACCGUGAAGAAGGAGGUGCACGACUCCGAGGGCCACCAGCUGGCCCUGCAGAAGGAGGUGCUGGUGCUGAAGGACAAGCUGGAGAAGUCCAAGCGGGAGCGGCACAGUGAGCUGGAGGAGGCCGUGGGCACAGUCAAGGACAAAUACGAACGCGAGAGGGCCGUGCUGUCCGAGGAGAACAAGAAGUUAACUGCUGAGAACGAGAAGCUUUGUGCCUUUGUGGAUAAGCUCACAGCUCAAAAUAGGCAGUUGGAGGACGAGCUGCAGGAUCUGGCGGCCAAGAAGGAGUCGGUUGCCCACUGGGAAGCCCAGAUCGCAGAGAUCAUUCAGUGGGUCAGCGACGAGAAGGAUGCCCGGGGCUACCUUCAGGCCCUCGCUUCUAAGAUGACUGAGGAGCUGGAGGCGCUGAGGAGCUCCAGCCUGGGGUCGAGGACACUGGAUCCCCUUUGGAAAGUUCGCCGUAGUCAGAAGCUAGACAUGUCUGCGCGGCUGGAGCUGCAGUCUGCUCUCGAGGCGGAGAUCCGGGCCAAGCAGCUCGUCCAGGAGGAGCUGAGGAAGGUCAAGGACAUGAAUCUCUCCUUCGAAAGCAAACUAAAGGAUUCUGAAGCCAAAAAUAGAGAAUUAUUAGAAGAAAUGGAAAUUUUGAAGAAGAAGAUGGAAGAAAAAUUUAGAACAGAUGCUGGACUCAAACUUCCAGAUUUCCAGGAUUCCAUUUUUGAAUAUUUCAACACUGCACCUCUUGCACAUGAUCUGACGUUUAGAGCCAGCUCAGCUAGUGAGCAGGAAACACAAGCCGCAAAGCCAGAGGCGAUGCCCCCAAGCUCUGUGGCCGCGAGCACAGAACAGCAGGAGGACGUGGCUCGGGCCCCUCAGAGGCCACCCACCGUGCCGCUGCCCAGCACUCAGGCCCUCGCUCUGGCUGGACCAAAGCCGAAAGCACACCAGUUCAGCAUCAAGUCCUUCUCCAGCCCCACUCAGUGCAGCCACUGCACCUCCCUGAUGGUGGGGCUGAUCCGCCAGGGCUACGCCUGUGACGUGUGCUCGUUCGCCUGCCACGUGUCCUGCAGAGACAGCGCUCCCCAGGUGUGCCCCAUCCCCCCCGAGCAGUCCAAGCGGCCCCUGGGCGUGGACGUGCAGAGGGGCAUAGGGACGGCCUACAAGGGCUACGUGAAGGUCCCCAAGCCGACCGGGGUGAAGAAGGGCUGGCAGCGGGCCUACGCGGUGGUCUGUGACUGCAAGCUGUUUCUCUACGACCUGCCCGAGGGAAAGUCCACACAGCCUGGCGUCGUGGCCAGUCAGGUCUUGGAUCUCAGAGAUGAAGAGUUCUCUGUGAGCUCAGUCCUGGCCUCAGACGUCAUACACGCGUCGCGCCGAGAUAUUCCGUGUAUAUUCAGGGUGACGGCCUCUCUCUUAGGUACACCUUCUAAGACCAGCUCACUGCUCAUUCUGACAGAAAAUGAGAACGAGAAGAGGAAGUGGGUUGGGAUUCUGGAAGGCCUGCAGUCCAUCCUGCAGAAGAACCGCCUGAGGAGCCAGGUGGUGCACUCCCCCCAGGAGGCCUACGACAGCUCCCUGCCCCUCAUCAAGGCCGUCCUCGCCGCCGCCAUCCUGGACGCGGACAGGAUUGCCGUUGGCCUGGAAGAAGGGCUCUACGUCGUGGAGGUGACCCGCGAUGUGAUCGUCCGAGUGGCUGACUACAAGAAGGUGUACCAGAUCGAGCUUGCUCCCAAAGAGAAGGUCGCCGCCCUCCUCUGCGGCCGGAACCACCACGUCCACCUCUGUCCGUGGUCCUCCUUUGACGGGGCGGAAGGCACCGUUGACAUCAAGCUCCCGGAGACCAAAGGCUGCCAGCUCAUCGCGACCGGGGCGCCCAAGAAGAGCUCCCCCACCUGCCUGUUUGUGGCAGUGAAGCGGCUGGUCCUUUGCUAUGAGAUGCAGAGAACUAAGCCUUUCCACAGGAAGCUCAGCGAGCUUGCGGCCCCCGGCCCUGUGCAGUGGAUGGCCGUGCUCAAGGACAAGCUCUGUGUUGGCUACCCUUCUGGGUUCUCCCUGUUGAGCCCCCAGGGAGAGGGGCAGGCUCUAAACCUGGUAAAUCCCAAUGACCCCUCGCUUACGUUCCUCUCACAGCAGUCUUUUGAUGCCCUCUGUGCUGUGGAGCUCCAAAGUGAGGAGUACCUGCUUUGCUUCAGCCACAUGGGACUGUACGUGGACCCACAAGGUCGGAGGUCACGCAUGCAGGAGCUCAUGUGGCCUGCGGCACCUGUCGCCUGUAGUUGCAGCCCCUCGCACGUGACGGUGUACAGCGACUACGGCGUGGACGUCUUCGAUGCGCGCUCCAUGGAGUGGGUGCAGACCAUCGGCCUGCGCAGGAUCCGGCCGCUGAACUCGGAGGGCAGCCUCAACCUCCUCAACUGCGAGCCUCCCCGCCUCAUCUACUUCAAGAGCAAGUUCGCGGGGCCGGCCCUCAACGUGCCCGACACCUCUGACAACAGCAAGAAGCAGAUGCUUCGCACCAGGAGCAAGAGGCGGUUUGUCUUCAAGGUGCCGGAGGAGGAGCGGCUGCAGCAGCGGCGAGAGAUGCUCAGAGACCCGGAGCUGAGGUCGCGGAUGAUCUCCAACCCCACCAACUUCAAUCACGUGGCCCACAUGGGCCCCGGCGACGGCAUGCAGGUGCUCAUGGACCUGCCUCUGAGCGCUGUGCCCCCUUCCCAGGAGGAAAGGCCCGGCCCUGCUCCUGCCAGCCUGUCGCGUCAGCCUCCGCCCAGGAACAAGCCCUACGUUUCCUGGCCCUCAUCGGGUACUGAGGGAGCUGGGAUGCUGGGACUCUGGGCUUUUGGUUCAGUUCUUACCCCUUACCCCCAGGGUGAUGGCUGUCCUUGUUCCGCAGGUGGCUCUGAGCCCGGGGUGGCUGUGCCUCUGAGAAGCAUGUCUGAUCCCGACCAGGACUUUGACAAGGAGCCCGAUUCGGACUCCACCAAACACUCGACUCCAUCCAACAGCUCCAACCCCAGCGGCCCGCCGAGCCCCAACUCUCCCCACAGGAGCCAGCUCCCGCUCGAAGGCCUGGAGCAGCCGUCCUAUGACGCCUGAAGCCGACGCUCACCGCCUCGGGGCCGGGGGGCCUCCAGUGUCAGUGCCAAGACUGAUCUGACCUCCAGUGCUGUCCAAGGAAGUGUAGAAGUGACGUGUGGAGACAGGGAGGAGAAACUUCUUUACUGUGACACUGACCGGUUUUGUGCCCCGGCCAUGGCGGUGGACCAGGCCCCUGCCUCUGCUCAGGUGUGCGGCGCCCGCUCCGUUUGCACAGGAAGGACCGCCACGCAGCCGCUGCCUCCAGAACCAGCCGAGCAGGCGCGUGGGGCCUGCGGACGCCGGCCUCCUGGGCAGAAAGCCAGCAGACCCGGCUCGGCUCGGCUCGGGAAGCAGACAGCGAGGGCAGCCUCAGUAACGCGUCUGUUCCUGUUUCCUAAAACUUUCCUAGGCCCUUAGGAGAAGAGUAGGAAGUCGUUUGUCAUUCCCAGUGUCACUAGAAUUUUGAAGACAGGAAAGUGGAGGUUAGUUUGUGGCCUUUUGACUCAUUUAGCCGUUACAGAUGCCGAGGUGCUUCUGCCACCCCUGUAGAACGUGGACAGAGGCCUCUGUCGUGUGACACCUGCCCUGGGUCCCUUGUGCGUGUCAGUCCCUUCCCGGUCACAACUAUGAAGAGUCACCAGUAUCUACUACUGUGAAGUCAGCUGUGCUCUGUUUUCCGCUCACUUCCGCAGCUCUGCCUCCUGCUGUUAAAGCAGCGGGUGUCGUGGUGCAGCUGGGCCUGGAGGCCUGUGGGCUGAGAGGAGGCUAGAGCCCCAUGGAGCCCCACAGCAGGUGCCAGGACCCCGCCCUGCAUGGAGCCCCGUGAUUCGUGCCCUUCUGGAUCACGUCGACUCGCCGCCACACUCCCCAGCGGCCCCCGCACCCUCGUGUUCCUGGCUCCCUCCCUGCAGCGUUUGAGUCAUUAGUGGUGGCCUGUCUCUCUAAAGGCUCGUGAUUACCUGGCUGGCACACAGCUUGUCCUUGGCCCUGGACAGAUUCUCCCAGCUCUCCCACUGGUCAGCAUUCCUGGCGACGCUGCUGAAGACGUGCACUUACCUUGAGUCAGCACUGAGUGAUGUGGCACCACUGUCUGCCAGUGUGUGUCACAAACCCAGCACCCGCCUGCCCAACCACCCCGCUGGGCCUUCUGCUGGGGCUGGCACCUGCUGGGUGGGGCUUCUGGUUUUUACUUUUUUAAUGUAAGUCCGAGUCUUUGUAAUUAUUGAAUUGUGAGAACAUUUUUGAACAAUUUACCUGUCAAUAAAGCAGAAAGAUGACAGUUUUAAA